UGCAUCGUUUUCCCUAGGUAAGUUUAUUAAUAGUAGAAACACAUUUGUGACUGUGGAAGCCUGGCAGUGAGUUUAGAUUGAUGCAGAAAUGGCUAGUGGAGUUGCACGAAUCAUUUUUCGGUGUGAGGAGGCUAUGCAAACACAAAACUUAGAUCUCUCAGAUUGCCAAAUGGUCCAUAUAGCUGAGGGUGUGUAUCAUAUCAUGAAAGAUACGGAAGUGAAGACAUUGAAUGUAAGUGGAAACGUACUCACCAAAGUAUCACCCAGAUUGGUCGUCAAAUUCAGUCUACUUCGGGAUCUCGACAUAUCCAGGAACCAGAUUGGAACACUACCAAACGAUUUGGCAUUUCUCCUUCAUCUGGAAAGAUUGAAUAUUUCUAGUAACUGUUUCACAGAAAUACCUGAAUGUGUUUUUAGGUUACCGGCUCUAAGAGAACUCGAUGCUAGUAAAAAUAGAAUAACAGAUAUUGACAACGACGACCUCAAAAAUGCUGCUUGUUUAUCCAGUGUUGAUUUGACGGAAAACCCUCUCACAAAAAGAUGUAUUGAGAAUUUGCCAAAAACAGGAAUAACUUUUAUACAUUCUCCACCAUCGGAAGAACAAGAAGAUUGGGAGGACUUGAAUAUUUGAAACAUCUAAUUCAAUCGAAUUCUUGGAUCCUGUUUACCUUAUAAUAGAACAGAAGGCAAUAGAACGUAAUAUACCUACUUUUAAACAAAAAGAAUCAAUAGUGAACUUCAACUUACACAAUUUCUAACCCAAAAACUGAAAUUGUUACGUGAUAUUGUGCAAAUUUUAUCAGUUUCUCUUUCUCAAUUCAUGAAAACAAUCAUUUGAAUGAAUAAAAUACUGCAUAUUAUAA